AUGUACUGGCCCAAUGCAAUGUCAAGAAAAGACCUAACUAUCAUGCCAGGCGCCGUAGUGGCUAGUGAGUGUGAUAUUCUAGGCGAUAUCAGCGUUGGCGCGCGCACUGUCAUUCAUCCCAAAGCGAGGAUCAUCGCAGAAGCUGGCCCCAUCCGUAUUGGCGAAUCAAAUCUUAUUGAGGAGCAGGUGGAAAUCAUCAACAGCAUACCCAACACCAUCCUUAUCAUUGGUGACUUCAACGUGUUUGAGGUUGGAGCUCGGGUUCACAGUCGCGAGGUGGGUAACAGCAACGUCUUCGAAUCAAAGUGUUUUGUCGGUCCACAGGUUCGCAUCUCCAACGGUUGCGUUGUCGGCGCAAUGUGCUCUAUUACAGCUCCGGAGCAGUUGCCUGAAAAUACCGUUAUAUUUGGCGAAGGUGUGAGUAGAUUCUCUUUUUCUUCGCUCUAG